AGCUACACCUAUAAAACACGACUGUGACAAAUGGGAACACAAGUCGCUUCACAAAUUUGGAAAGCUCUUGAUCAACGUCAGUUUCGCUCCGGACAAAAAGUAUAGCAAAAUGUUGGAGAAAAUUAAAAUACUUAGUGGUCAGAAUGCAUUGCCCUUCCCGGAACCGGGCGAUGAAGUGGUGAUAUCCGGGAUCGCCGGGAGAUUUCCGGAAUCAAACAAUUUAACGGAACUAAAAGACAAUCUUUUCAACAAAAAAGAUCUCGUUACCGAUGACGGUCGCCGUUGGAAAUUAGAUCAUCCAGACAUCCCGCAAAGUACUGGUAAAGUGUAUAAUUUGGAUAAGUUCGAUAAUAAAUUCUUCAAAAUCUCUGCCGAAGAAGCAAAUUGUAUGGAUCCUAUGGCUAGAAUACUUUUGGAACAUACCUAUGAAGCUAUAAUUGAUGCUGGAGUCAAUCCAAGAACACUCAGAGGAACGAAGACCGGCGUUUACGCCAGUGUCUGCUUUUCUGAAUCAGAAAAAAUCGUGCUUUAUGGAAAUCAGCCGAAAGGAUACGGCGCGACGGCAUGCAGCCGGUUUAUGAUGGCUAAUCGAAUCUCACAGUGGCUGGGAUUGACUGCACCCAGCUACACUUUGGAUACAGCGUGCAGUUCCAGUCUUCAUGCAUUGAAUCACGCAUACAGAGCAAUCAGGAGUGGAGAAUGCGAAGCUGCGAUCGUUGCGGGAGCAAACUUGUGUCUAAGUCCAUUGGUAUCGCUACAAUUCUGUCUUCUUGGGGUUCUGAACCAGGAUGGAAAGUGUAAAUCAUUCGAUAAUGAAGGCGAUGGGUACAGUCGGAGCGAAACCAUUUCCGUUAUAUAUUUACAAAAAGCUCGAGAUGCUAAACGUAUUUAUGCUCAGGUCGUUCACUCGAAAACCAAUUGUGAUGGUUAUAAAGAUGAAGGAAUAACGUUUCCAUCGCUAACAAUCCAACGUCAGUUGCUCGAAGAAUUUUACGAAGAGUGCCACAUACCACCGUCCAGUUUGGCGUAUCUGGAAGCGCAUGCGACCGGAACUAAAGUAGGUGAUCCUGUGGAAGUAGAUGCUAUUGACCAGGUGCUGUGCUCUGGCAGAACGACACCCCUACGAACUGGUUCGGUCAAGUCGAAUUUGGGGCAUUCCGAACCAGCGAGUGGCAUGUGUUCGAUCGCAAAGAUCAUCAUCGCUAUGGAGACAGGGUACAUACCCCCAAAUAUACAUUACAAAACCCCUCGCAAGGGUAUAAAAGCACUGGAAGAUGGUCGCAUUCAAGUGAUCACGGAACCGACGCCAUGGGAGGGUGGACUCGUCGGGAUAAACUCAUUCGGAUUCGGAGGUGCCAACGCGCACGUUUUGCUGGAGUGGAAUUCGAAAGAGAAAACCGACGAUAACGAGCGGCAUGUCGGACUGCCGAGACUCGUGGUCCUGUCGGGCCGAACCGAGGAAGCUGUUACGAUUUUGUUGGACGACCUCGAGAGCAGACCGCUCGAUGUCGAAUACGUCGGCCUUUUUCACAAUAUACACUCCGAAGAGAUCGAAGGGCAUUUCUAUCGUGGAUAUACAAUUUUUCCACCUCGGGAAACACCGAUGAAAAACAUCCGCCACGUGCAGCAUUUCUCGGGUUCGAAGCGAUCGGUAUGUUUUGUGUUCUCUGGAUUGGGAUCGCAAUGGCCCGGAAUGGGCGAAGCUCUACUCAAAAUUCCUGUAUUCGCAAAGACAAUUGAAAAGUGUGACGCAACCCUCAGGCCCUAUGGUGUCGACGUUUUUGAUAUUUUAACGAAUGAAGAUCCCAAACUAUUAGACAAUAUCAUGAACACUUUGAUCGGCAUCACGGCCAUUCAGAUGGGUUUGACAGAUUUGUUGGCAUCUCUGGGCAUCGUUCCAGAUAAUGUCAUUGGGCAUUCGAUAGGAGAAUUGGGCUGUGCGUACGCUACCAAUGGUCUCACCGCCGAACAAACAAUUCUGACAGCAUACUUCCUGGGUCGGGCUUCCGUUGAAACUAACACGAUCCGAGGUCUCAUGGCAAUCGUCACACACGGCAUCACAGACUUAGAACUGCUUUGCCCCCGUGAUAUUGAUAUCGCCUGUUACGAUAGUCCUGGAACAACAACAAUUAGCGGACCAGCCGAGUCUGUAAGAAAACUCAUCUUGAAAUUGAAGGAAAAAAGAAUUCCAGUAGAAGAGAUUCCGUGUGGCAACAUCGCCUAUCACACCCGUCACAUGACUACACUGGGCAAGACUUUGUACCCGCAUUUGGGAAGAAUCAUUCGCAAUCCAAAGCCUCGUAGCCAAAAAUGGCUCAGCACUUCGGUGCCUCAGUCGAAUUGGACUUCCGGUACGGCGAAAUUAUGCUCCGCCGAAUACUUCGUCAAUAACUUGAUCAGCCCGGUUUUAUUCGAGCAAGCAUGUUACCUGAUACCCGCCAAUGCGAUCACCAUCGAAGUCGCACCCCAUGGAAUUCUACAAUCCGUGUUGAAGACCUCAUUGAGCAAGAGUAGCAUCAACAUUGAUCUGAUGGAUCGUAAUUACCGAAAUCACGUUACCGGGUUACUUCAAAGUAUUGGAAAAAUGUACGAAGCUGGUCUGCAUCCACAAUUGACCAAUUUGUACGACGACGUUCAAUACCCAGUGAGUCGGGGGACCCCGAUGAUAUCCCCACUGCUCAAAUGGAAUCAUUCGGAGAGUUGGUUUGUAACAACUUAUGCAAUGAUGCAAAAGAUCCAUACCGGAGAUAGAGUUGUGAAAAUAUCGCUCGACAACGAUUCGUUUGAUUGGAUGGCUGGGCACAUUAUUGAUGGAAGAAAUUUGGUGCCCGCUACAGGAUAUUUAGAUUUGAUUUGGGAAACCCUAGGAAUGAUGCAUGGAGAAAUAUAUACAGAACUUUCAGUCAUGUUCGAGGAUGUCAGGUUCCAUCGAGCGGCAACAAUACCGAAAGAGGGAGAAGUUACAUUAACCCUCAUGGUCCAGAAGGGUUCCAACAGAUUUGAAGUCACUGAAGGUGGAGCUGCCAUUGUAACAGGAUUCGCCAGAAUAGUUGUAGACCCAGCGAAGGAAUGCAUUGCUGAGAAAAUAUUGGUUGAUAGUGAUGCGGAACUAGUAAUGACAGCAAGGGAUGUUUACAAGGAGUUGCGACUCAGGGGUUAUCAAUAUACGGGACAGUUUCGUGCGAUUCAAAAGGCGUCGAUCGAUGGCUCUAGAGGUCGUAUAUCUUGGGACAGAAAAUGGGCACCUUUUUUGGAUAAUAUGUUGCAAAUGAAGAUACUUGGGAUCGAUACGCGAGGAUUGUUCGUUCCAACUGGUAUUCAAAAGCUCGUUAUCAACACUCGAAAACAUGCGCAACAGCUUCGUGCCAUGUCCAAAGAUGACAAAGUAUUUGACGUGCUAAUUGACAAAGACUUGGACGUAAUCGUAGCAGGGGGAGUGGAAAUUCGCGGGUUGAAGGCCAGUGCUAUUGUUCGCAAGAAAGUAACUACCGUACCGGUUCUCGAAGAUUUCAAAUUCGUAGCACACAGAGAUCAAGCAGAAAUUGAUUUGACAGUGUCAGUUCGCAUCGCAAUGCACAUAGCACUCGAGAACCAUUUGGGUGUCACUAUAAAAACGAUCGAAUUGAUAGGUGAUGGCGAUAACAUGUCCUCCAAACAUCCUAUAUCCCCUGCGAUUCAGCAAGUUCUAGGGGAUUUGCCGCUACUACAAGCAGAUGUUAGAAUCUUCGCGAACGCUGAAACAUUCUCCACUCAAGAUUUGCCACCCACUAUCCAAGUCUCUGAACUGAAGAAAUUGGCCGGUGAAUCGGAUGCGCUUUUGGGGAUUGGAGAGGGACUUCUCACCAACAAAAAUUGGUCAGUACUGAAAAACUUGUUGGCAGCAAUUAAAAAAAUGGGUUUCGUAUUGUUGAGAGAGCCUCUUAGUGCCCCUGAGAAUAUUUAUUCUGCUGCAAAAAGCCAACACCUUGAUAUUGUAAUGGAAAAACGAACGACAAAGGAAUUGAUUUUACUUUUGCGUAAACAAGAACCGUCACCCAGACGUAUUGCUAAUAUCGUUGAAGUGAGCAAUAACGAAUUCACAUGGGUCUCUACUUUGCAAGCUCACAUAAAGGCAGAGUGUGAUAAAGAAUCUUGUCUUCGCAAUCGCAUUCUACUCGUGAGUGAGGGUGAUCUUACAAGUGGACUUAUGGGAUUCGUCAAUUGUCUCCGAAAAGAACCAGGUGGUGAUACGAUACAGGGUUUACUUAUCCAAGACUUACGAGCUCCCAAAUUUUCACUGGAGGAUCCAUUUUAUGCCGAUCAAUUAGCUUUGGGCUUGGCACUGAACGUUCUUCGUCCCGAUAGACUGUGGGGCUCUUAUCGAUUUCUCGCAAUGGACGAUUUGCCAUUACGACCCGUUCAUCAUAUCCGAAUAAAUCAACAGACACGUGGCGAUCUAAACUCACUCAAGUGGACAGAAGGCGUUAUCCAGCCAGAGUCGAAGUCGAGAGACAUCGUCAAAAUAUAUUAUUCGUCGAUCAACUUCCGCGACGUCAUGUUGGCGACGGGAAAGCUCGCGGUCGACGUAGCCGCAAAGACCAGACAGGCGCAGGAAAACGUGAUCGGAUUCGAAUAUUCCGGUAUAGAUGCAGACGGUCGUGCGGUUAUGGGGAUGGUUAAUUCUGGAGCAUUAUCGAACUUAUGCGUCUGCGACAGACAGCUUCAAUGGCCGGUACCUGACGGGUGGUCGUUGGAAGAUGCUGCAACCGCCCCGACAGUUUAUGGGACAGCCUACUACGCGCUUGUAAUGAGCGGAAAAAUGAAAAAAGGGGAUAAAGUUUUGAUUCACGCAGGAAGCGGUGGCGUUGGUCAAGCAGCUAUCAGGCUGGCACUUCGUGAAGGCUGCGAAGUGUUUACAACCGUCGGGACGCCGGAAAAACGCGCAUUCAUCAGGAAUAAAUUUCCUGAAAUCGACGACGAUCACAUAGGGAAUUCUCGAGAUACUAGUUUUGAGCAACUGGUUCUCCAAAAAACAGAUGGGCAGGGGGUGGAUAUCGUGCUGAAUUCCCUGGCCGAGGAAAAGCUUCAGGCAUCUGUUCGUUGUCUAGCCAAGGGCGGACGUUUCCUGGAGAUCGGAAAAUUCGAUCUUGCAGCUAAUAAUCCUCUUGGACUGGAAGCAUUCACAAAAAGCAUCAGCUUCUAUGGAAUUCUUUUAGAUAAUUUGUUCACAGGCGAUUCUGAUCGUAAAACAGAUCUAGUUGCAUUGUUCACUGAAGGGCUCAAGAAUGGUACGGUUCAACCACUGGACCGAACAGUAUUCCCGAUGGAGCAAAUCGAUGCGGCGUUCAGAUACAUGGCAACUGGCAAACAUAUUGGCAAGGUUAUUCUUAAAAUUCGUGAUGAAGAUGAAAAUAAGCAGUCUCCUCCUCAGCCUCUCGCAAUCCCUCGAUAUUACUGUUCAAAUGAAGGCAGCUAUCUCAUACUCGGCGGCUUAGGGGGUUUCGGUCUGGAGCUCGCCGAUUGGCUCGUACUUCGGGGGGCUAAAAAACUGGUCCUCGCAUCUCGCAAAGGAAUCAGUAACGGGUACCAACAACUAUGCAUCAGUAAUUGGAGAGGCUACAACGUUAAAGUGUCCAUCGUUGCCGGUCAAGACCCCUCAACGCGCGAAGGCUGCGAAACGAUAUUGAGAGAAGCCAUCGCACUCGGCCCAGUGGACGCGAUAUUCAACUUAGCUGUUGUGCUGAAGGACAACUUAUUUGAAAACCAAACAGUCGAAGAUUUCCAAGAAUCGUUCCGAGUCAAAGCUUGGGCUACGAAGCAGCUAGACGAGUUGUCGAGAAUAAUGUGUCCAGAUCUCAGGCAGUUCGUGGUAUUUUCCUCAGUUUCUUGCGGCAGGGGUAACGUAGGUCAAACAAAUUACGGAAUGUCCAACUCCGUAAUGGAGAGAAUAUGCGAGGCUCGAGUGGCGGAUAAACUGCCGGGCCUAGCGAUCCAGUGGGGAGCAAUCGGCGAUGUAGGCCUAGUUGCAGAAAUGCAAGAAGACCACCAGGAGAUCGUCAUCGGUGGAACCCUCACACAGCCGAUAAUAUCUUGCUUGCAAAAGCUCGACGGUUUUCUUAUACAAAAUUCCCCAGUUGUGUCCAGUAUGGUGGUUGCCCAAAAAGUAAUUGGUGGUGCUGGACCUCUAGAUCUUGUCGAAACAGUCCUCAACAUAAUGGAACUCAAAGACCUAACAACUGUUAGUCUGCACACACCCCUGGCAGAACUUGGAAUGGAUUCGAUGAUGGCAGUUGAAAUCAAACAGACCUUGGAACGUGAAUUCGAGGUGUUUUUAACCGCACAAGAUAUUCGAGCUAUGAAUUUCCAAAAGCUGCAGGAAAUUUCGGCGAAGCAUUCUGAUAAUAAUUCCACAGCAAAGGUUACGGAUACGACACAAAAAGGGAUCAUGAAUUUGAUAGAGCGAACACUAGGUACAAAUACAAUCACUGUUAAAGAGGCCUGCAUAACAUUGCCAACGAUAGCAGAGGCUGGACGAAAGGAGGUAUUCAUAAUUCCUGGCCUUGAAGGAUCGUAUGCCGUAUUCAGUCCGUUGAUUCCUAAGCUGAAAUCUCCGGCAACUUGCUUACAACUUGGAACGUCCCAAGCGCAUCAAACAUCCAUUCCAGACAUGGCAGACUAUAUGAUACAUCAUAUGAAAUCCAAAAGUGAAAGCGAAGACUUCGUCAUUGUUGGGUAUUCCUUUGGAAGUUUGAUCGCUAUAGAGCUCGUAAGACGUUUGGAGUCAGACGGGCGUAAUGGUCGUUUAAUUUUAAUCGAUGGUUCACCUGAGUACAUGAAGGUAUUAGCCGCCCUGAAUUUCAAAGUAGAUACCGAUGAGCAGCUUCAAUCCAAUGUUCUAUUGAGUCUGAUGGAUGUUAUUGGACAAUCUGCCUCUCAGAAGUUUGCCGAAAAAUUGAAAAGCUGUGAUUCGUGGGAGAAGAUGGUCGCAGCAUUCAUGGACUGUGCACCAGCGACUGUGAAUCUCAUUUUUAAACCGGAACAUCAACCGAUCUUAUGCGAGUGCAUUUACAACCGAAUUAGGGCUGUGAGGAAUUAUGAUCCUUCAUCAUUGCCGCCCCUCAGAACACCGAUCACGCUCAUCAAACCCAAGAAUGAGACUAUUGCGUUUGAUGCGGAAGACUAUGGACUAGGAUCGCUUACCAAGGAAAAAGUAAAAAUAUUCUACGCAGAGGGUGAUCAUCUAUCGAUGCUGGGCGACAACACUUGUGCAGCAGCUAUCAACGGGGAAUUAGAUGAUGCGACAUAACAUUCAAGUUGCACCUCGAUCUAUUGCUUUCGUGUUUGCUGUGAUACUUGAUCAUUUCAAUUCAAUUACAUACCCUCAUACAUUGGCGGAUUGUAAAUACAUGUUACAAAAUUCAUGAUGUAUCAGAAUAAAACACUAAACACCAACAUUGAGUUAUCACAUAAAA